AUGUGUCUUGGUGACGACUUUCUUGAGAAAUGCAACACCACUUGUUGGUCCGUAGCCUCUUUCUCUGUGGUUUGGCUUCACAGUUUGACCUCAAUACGCAUCAUCAAUGUCACAGUCGGAGUUCUAGAAAACGGCUACCACUGCCUGGGUCACUGUCUCCGCUCCAACAUGUUCCCAGGUUGUCCAGUUCUUUGGAAAUCUAUCUCCAGGGAAUCCUAUGUGGCUCACCCUCUGACUCCGCCAGAUCUCUGGUUUGGCCACAAGACUGAUGACUUGGUCCAGUGGGCGGAAAUGAACAUCAUGAACAACAAGCGGAGUCUGACUGCAGUGGGGGAAAGUGGCAAAAAAGUGUAG